AUGUUUUUUCUUCCCCCCAGGUUUCUGGCCUUUCCAGGUGGUUGGGGAAUCAGUUAGUGCCCCUCCAGACCAUUCCCCCAUGGGCCAUUGUGAUGAUCUUGUGUCUGAUAGUUGCUAUCUUCACAGAGUGCACCAGCAAUGUUGCUACAGCUACCCUCUUCCUCCCUGUCCUGGCUUCAAUGGCCACCACCAUCCGGAUGAAUCCUCUGUACGUGAUGAUCCCGACCACUUUAAGCACUUCCUUUGCCUUCAUGUUGCCUGUUGCUACACCCUCCAAUGCCAUAGUGUUCUCCUACGGUCACCUCAGGGUCUUCGAUAUGGUCAAGGCUGGGCUCGUGCUGAACAUCAUCGGAGUGGCUAGUGUCACUCUCGCCAUCAACACCUGGGGUCGACUCAUGUUCAAUCUGGACAGCUUCCCCGACUGGGCUAAUGUCACCCAGAGAGAGUGAGACCGGGAGCAUUUUUAUUCCAACAAGUGGGAGCCGGAGGGUAUUGAAGUGGGAAAUGGGGAGAGAGGAGCAUUAGACGCUGUGACUUACACACAGUGAAUCCUAGAGAGAUGUGACUGGGCCAAGUAUGAUGUAUGGGGCAUAGAUCACUUGACUGAGCGGAAUUAUAAGUGUGUUGAUUAAAAGCCUGAAUUAUCUCCAAUAGCUGUAGCCUUUAGUUGGGUUCCUUGGUUUCCAAUUCUUCCACAGCCUUGUCCCUCCAUCACUCUGUAACGUUGUCUAGCCCCACUAACCGUCCAAGAUCUCUGCACUGUGCACUUUUGGCCCCUUGGUCACUGACGUUACUGACUCCAUUGCCUGUAGCCAUUCCAUCAGCUGCUUGGGCUCUGAGCUCUGACAUACCCUCCCUCAGCCUUCCCGCAUUUUUUGCAAACUCUGUUACCCCCCUCCCCACCCCAACCCACUGAAAAGAUGCCUCUUUGUCCGAACUACUGGUCUCCAAGCUCAUUAUAGCUGUGUGUGAGUAUUUGCCGAACAAUACGCCUGUGAAUUGUGUGGAAUGUUUUACUAUCUCGAAGGCGUUAUACAAAUGCAAGUUGUGUUUACUCAGUUGUGGAUGAAACUGAAUGAGGUGACCAGUCGGGGUACCUGGGUCGGGGUACCUGGGUCGGGGUAUCUGGGUCGGGGUACCUGGUCGGGGUAUCUGGGUCGGGGUACCCUGGGUCGGGGUACCUGGGUCGGGGUAUCUGGGUCGGGGUAUCUGGGUCUGUCACCUGUAUCAGCCUGGAAUUGAGAAUUGUUCCUCACUGUUUGUCCCGCUCAGUUCAACAAAACAGAAAAGAUUAUCAAAUCCAGUGAAAAUACAAGAGGGUGUCAGUGUCACAUUCUGUCUAAUGUUUGUUUUGUGUUCAAUCAGUACAUUCUUUUAGAGCCUGUCUCCUCCAUUUCUCCUGUUUUAGAUCAAAACCUUUUCAAUAAAGUGGCCUUUGAAAAUCAGCCAAUGUUAAUCCUGAA